GUGUGUGUGUCCGCCCUCUCCUCUCCUGCCCUCCUGUCCUCUGUGUCUAUCAGUGUGUCAUCAUCUUUCUCAGGAUUCCCACCUCCGGUUUCAGGAGAACUCGAGCCACUCGUCCAUCCCCGCGUGCAUCGGCGUCCACUUUUUGUUUCCUCUUCAAGCGCGGCAGGAGCGACAGCAGGCCUCCACCUGCAGAAACUCCACAACAGAGCAGAGCCAAGCAUCCAUCAGGAUCGGACGAUGAGGAGCAGACUGGGGCUGUGUGUGCUGGGCCUGCUGUGCCUCCACAGCGCGGUCUUCGGCCAGGAGGCAGCGGAGGUCCAGUCCGACGUCCUGGUCUUCUGCGAUGACCCGGCUGUGGAGAAGGCCGCCGCCAGCGCUGUGCACAAGUUCAACGAGCGGCUGAGCAGCGGAAACAAGCUGGCCCUCUUUCAGAUACUAACAGCCAGUAAGUCAGAGUCCGGCUCGGACACGGUGUACUCCCUGCAGUUCACCAGCAGGAGGAGCGACUGCGCAGCUGGGAGCAACAAAUCCUGGACAGACUGCGACUACCUGCCUACACGCAUGAAUGCGAUCUCAUGCAACGCCACAGUCCACAUGACGGAGACCGAGGCCGACACGAGACAGGUGGACUGUCUGCUCGAUGAUUACGUUGUUCCAGAGAAAGCUCAGUGUUUGGGCUGCCCGGAGGAGAUUGAUGAGAACUCGGAGGACCUGAAGGGUCCCCUUUCUGUCUCCAUCUCCAAGUAUAACUCCAUCUCCGACUCGACUCACCUGUAUACCCUCCACAGCGUGGGCCACGCCACCAGACAGGUGGUCGCAGGCUUCAGAUUCAAGAUGAGAUUUGAUAUGAGGAGAACCACCUGCGCCAAGGCCGAACACACAGACCUCAACGAGCUGUGUGUCCCCGACCAAGAGAACCCGGAGUACGCCCACUGUAACUCGACAGUGGACGUAGCACCGUGGAGACUCGAGCCCCCUCAGGCCCAGAUGGAGUGUGAAAAAGGGCCACUGCCCAUGCUGUUCUCCAGGCGUCGUCCUCCUGGCUGGUCUCCACUCAGGAACUUCCUGUUUCAAGUGCAACCCCCCAAUUCUCCGCCCGCCAACAAGCCAUCAGCCAAAGAAGAAUCAUCUGAGGAGGUCACCACAGCCUCCAAACCGUCCGCCUCCCCUGACGUGUCCUCGGCUGCAGACGUCGUGGUUCACGACGCCUUCCACUGCCCGUCCAAGCCCUGGAAACCCUUCAGUUCAACCAAUGAUGUGGUGCCUGAGGCUCCCACGAAGGCCUCCGCAGAGGCAGCCUCCCCACAGCCUUCAGCAGACGGGGGCUUCAGUGAUAAAGACCUGCUGGCAUAAGUUUUUUCUAAAGGAAACCACAGUUAUAUUCGAAAUCAUUUCACUUGUCAUGCUCCCCCCAGUAGAUUUUGUUUAUUUUGCAGACUAUUCCUCUGUCACACUGGAUUGGAUUGGAGGGAGUUUGGGAAGGAACAACUUGAAAAAUGGCUUUUAUAGUUUCAAAUCUGAAUAAAAAAAGAGUUCAGUUCAUAAUAUAAGCAGUUUAGGCAAAAAAAAAAUAACCAAAACAAUUUUGAGGCCCUGCAAUUCCUAAAAAAAGCACAGGAGUGAAGAAAGGAAGCCAUGACAGAGCUCUGUACUGUUAUCAUAGCACUAACGCUGGUCAGUUUCCAUUGAGUAAGUCAAAGUAGUGAGUGAGUAAGCACCCUCGCUGUCCAUUUAUUACAAAUGUGAGAAAUGGAUAAAAGUACUUUGGAAACCUGUCAUUCUUAGAUGAAAAAAAUCUGCAAGAAAAUAAACAAAAACUCUGCUCAA